AUGGCUUAUCAUUCGGAUUUUGAAGCAUCAACACCCGAGGUCUCGCAAACACCUUCAAUGAAUGGCUAUGUCAAUGUCCCCAAACCCCCCACAGACCGUUUGGGUGGUUUGCAAAGUCCCGAGGAGAAACGACUCUUUGAGCUAGUUGACAAGCUCAAAGACCUGGAUGUCGAGCAUGAGCUCAACCUUCCACAGCUCGUCGUUUGCGGUAGUCAAUCAUCGGGGAAAAGCUCAGUCCUUGAGGCUAUUAGCGGCCUUCAAUUUCCACGAGGAGAACUGACAUGCACGAAAUUCGUAACCGAACUACGAUUUCGUUCGGGCAAUGUAGAGUCAAUCGAUGUUGAGAUAGUUCCGGACACCGGACGAAGCCCUGACGAGCAGGCCCGUCUCAGGAACGUCAGGUUUCGAUCCAGAAGACUAACAGAGCUGGCCAGCAUGGUGAAAGAUGCAGAGAAAAUCUUUGGAUUGAAUGGGCGUUCAGGUUUCGUCCGAGAUGUGCUACGGUUAACAAUCAUAAGGCCCAAUCAACAACCACUGACCAUUAUCGAUACACCAGGCUUGAUUGCAUCUCACAAUGAAGGGCGGGAACAUAUCGAGCUUGUCAAUCAAAUCGUUGGUGGUUGGAUUAAGCAGCCAUUAUCCCUAAUCCUCGCCGUGGUGGAGGCGAGUCUUGAUGCUCAAAAGCAAUCUGUUCUCACCACGGCCAAAGAAGUCGAUUCAAAGGGCGAGCGAACAUUUGGUAUCAUUACCAAACCAGACGUGGUAGAGCCAGGAUCUCAAUUGGAAGCCUACUGGAUUGAGAAGGCUCGAAAUUUUCCCGGAAGCGACCACGAAUUCAAAUUUGAGAAAGGAUGGCAUGUUCUUCGAAACCGCGGUGUCCGCGAGACCGGCAUUGAAACAUCGGCAGCGGAACGUGACGAAGUGGAGCGGCAAUUCUUUCUCAAUCGCCAACGCCGAUGGAGUAAGAUCAACGAAGCAUUCUGGGGUAUUGAUCCACUCCAAGGACGAUUACGCAGCAUUUACUAUGAGCAUACCAAAAGCCAGCUUCCGCGAAUCCGCGAUGACAUUGAGGCCAGACUGCAACGGUCAACCAAGGAUUUAGAUGACAUCAAAGCCAGACUUGUUGAACCUGAAAAGAUGUGGGCCCAAUACUGUGAUCAACGCACAGGGCUUGCCGUCCGCGCGAAAGAUCGUGCCGAUGGAACGUAUCUUGAUGAAGGGGCGGCCGACUGGUCUAGAUCCGAGUAUUAUCUUCGAUCGAGAAUCGAAGAAGAUCACGAUGAAUUUGCUCAUAUCAUGGUAGCAAAUGGCCACCACCUUCGUCAGGAGCGAUCCAGCCAAAGCCUCACGGACGAUGCAGAACAAUUCCGCGUAUACGUUCAACAGAUGCUUGAGUCAACCAGAGGUCACGAGUUGCGUGGGAAUUACAAUCCUCAAAGGUUGAAUAUCCUCUUCCGAGAGCAUUCGUCGCGCUGGUAUCACAUCGCCAAAGUCCAUAUUGGACGGACUUAUCAGCGUUGUAUCAACUUUGUCAACUACAUCAUCGACAAUGAUCUGGGAGAUUCGAUCCCUUCUCUCCCGGUCAAGGUAUCAGAGGCCAUGAAAGACCACCUCAAGAAGUCUCUGGAAAAACAGAAGGAAAAGGCUGAAGACGAGCUAAACGAACUCGAACAAGACAGAAAGCAACCCGCCAAAACGCAGAGUGAAAGGUUUGAAAUAUUGUCUCGACGAUAUAAAUCCGCCCAAGUCUUUGCCCAUGCCAAUAGACUUGCCGAUGCAGAGGAACGUUCUGCUGAGACAAUAAAGGACGGUUCGGCUGCUACUUCUGCUCGAUUUACACCUGCACAUGUUGAUCGAACAUUGGCACAAGAUCCCCGUGCCGCUGCGGCGGCAGAAAUGGGAGAAAGGAUGGUCAUCUAUUACAAGGCAAGAUUCAUCCGCCAUUUUUCCUACCAUUCACUUGUAGGCCACGGUAGCUAA